GAAGUCCUCUGCUGCCCUCUAGUGGCCUCCAAACACUUCAGGGUCUCCAGCGGUGGCUGCGCUUCAAAGUUCUUUCCGUUACUGGAGAAAAAGAGAGAGAGAGAGAGAAUCUACGGUGGGGGGUGGCAAGCGGUGAGACGCCCUUGGGGGAAGGGUCCUGACUUUUGCUUCUGGGUCCCGACUAAGGCUGCUGCUGAGUCAGCUGCAUGACUUUCGUUUCCACCCGGUGCAGAAUAUUGCAGAAAUGAAAGUGAAAGAGGAGCCAAGGCGAGAGAUGGAGAAGGAGACGAGGCUCUGCAAUAACUGCAAGCGUGAAGUGGCAGCUUCCAACUUCUCCCUCCAUGAGGCUCACUGCAUGCGUUUUCUUGCCAUCUGCCCCAAGUGCGAUGAACUUGUGGCAUCAAAGGACAUGAAGGAGCACUUUGCCAAAGCCCACAAGGAGGUCAGAUGUCAGCUCUGUCACGGGCUGAUGCAGCAGUACCUUCUGGAACACCAUGAGUCUGAGGAAUGCCCUGAGCGGUCAAUCCAGUGCCAGUUCUGCGAGCUGGACCUCCCCUACCACAAGCUGCAGAUUCACCAGGAGACCUGCGGCAGCCGGACCACGUCUUGCUGGCACUGCAGCAAGUACAUCAUGUACAAAGCUUUGAAGGAGCACAAGGCCAUGUGCCAGGCGAGAGACCGAGGCCACAGCUCCAGUGAAAACUUAUGCCAACACUGCCAGAGCUGGUUCCAUGACGAGAAAUACCUCCAGCACCUGAAUGAGUGCAACCCGCUCCCUCAGCUUCUGGGAGCCCUCACCACCCGCUCAUCCACAGAGUUUGGUUCUCCUUCACCUCCUCAGCGCCUUCUGACUCCCACUUCCCCUGUUUUGAGCCAGGCCCCAGAGCCGGAUGUCCGCCCCAAGAAGAAGGAACUGUCUUCCAUCGGGAGGCCCUCCCUGAAGCCUCCAAAGAGCAGAAAGCCAGCCUUUGUGGCUACUCUGGCCUCCACUGCCCCCCAAGCCCUUGACGAUUCCCUCUAUGACACGCUGGCAACUUGUUCUCAGUGCAACAUCCUCCUGCCCAGCCCAACUCUACAGAAACAUGAGAGAAAGUGCCAGAGAGUGAACUCCCUGCAGGUGCUUCGUCGAAGUCCUCGUCUCGUGAGGAAAGAAGGUACCAUGGCAGUCGGGAGCCUCCAUGUGGAAAACGGAACAAAUGACCACCAACUUCCCCCCAGGAGUGCUUUGCAGCCCAGGGAAGCUGCCCUUGGGCCAGGAGUAUCACCGCCACCACCAUAAUUUCCCAGCAACUGGAGAUUCAAAACAGGAUGGAGGAGUCUUGUCUUAGUUACCUGUCCCUGUAGGAAUUGUGUUUUACUUGUGAACUUGUGUGGCACAUUUGUCCACUGAGUGGGCCUCCAAGGCCAUUGUCAGCAGCGAGGGAUGUUAACCCCCAGAAAGAAAUAUUAAAGUCUUCACUCCACCCCAA